AUGAUAUUUAGCAAAGAAGAGCCAGCCAAAAACUCCAACUUGGAUGCUGGCACUGAGAAAGGGGCCAGUGCAACGUGCAGCGUCAUGGAGUGCAAAAGCGUGUCCGUUCUACCAACCUAUGCACAAUCCUGCUCGCACAGCAGCGACUCGAAGAAGGCUUCGCUGUGCCAAGCUCUGUUUCCCUAUAAGACGCUCAACGAACCCGACCCGGUUACCAUACUCAUCACCUUGGCUGUGCUCGUUGGCUCCUUUUGCCUGCUCAGCGGGUUUAUACUGCUCUGUGUAGUAUCCAAGGCGUGGCAGGAUGAAACAUCCGAGGCCAUUCUUCUAAUGGGCAUUGGCUUCUUCAUCACAUCUUUGUCCUGUGUCACUUGGAAAUUGACG